UUAGGAAAUUAGAAAAUUAUAGACUUUCUCUCUCAUCCUUCUUUGUGUGAAACCCUAGGAGAGAGAGCGUAAUGAAGUUUUAUCUGAAACCCUAAGAUGGUGGCUGAAGGAAAAUCAUUUGGUUUGGGGUGUGACCCAGUAGUGGGAUCGUUGAAUCCUGUGAAGAAGAGGGAAUACAGAGUCACCAAUCGCCUCCAAGAGGGAAGGCGCCCUCUAUACGCCGUCGUUUUCAACUUCAUUGACUCCCGCUACCUCAACGUUUUCGCCACUGUUGGUGGCAACAGGAUCACUGUUUAUCAAUGUCUUGACGGAGGAGUUAUUGCUGUUUUGCAAUCUUAUGUGGACGAAGAUAAGGAUGAGUCUUUCUACACAGUGUGUUGGGCAUGCAAUGUUGAUGGGUCACCAUUUGUUCUGGCUGGAGGAAUCAAUGGGGUGAUCCGAGUCAUUGAUGCUGGCAGUGAGAAGAUAUACAAGAGUUUUGUUGGCCAUGGGGACUCCAUAAAUGAAAUUAGGACUCAAUCAUUGAAGCCAUCACUUGUGAUAUCUGCAAGCAAAGAUGAAUCUAUUCGGUUAUGGAAUGCUCAUACUGGAAUAUGCAUUUUGAUAUUUGCUGGAGCUGGAGGACAUCGUAAUGAAGUCUUAAGUGUUGAUUUCCAUCCAUCGGAUAUAUAUCGCAUUGCUAGCUGUGGCAUGGAUAAUACUGUGAAAAUAUGGUCUAUGAAGGAGUUCUGGUCAUAUGUAGAAAAAUCAUUCACAUGGACAGAUCUUCCUUCCAAGUUCCCCACAAAAUAUGUCCAAUUUCCUGUAUACAAUGCUUCAGUUCAUAUUAAUUAUGUUGACUGUAAUAGGUGGCUGGGUGAUUUUAUCCUCUCAAAGAGUGUUGACAAUGAAAUUAUCUUGUGGGAACCUAAACUGAAGGAACAAACACCAGGGGAGGGUGUAGUUGACGUCCUGCAGAAAUACCCUAUUCCCGAGUGUGAUAUCUGGUUCAUCAAAUUUUCUUGUGAUUUCCAUUACAACGUAGCUGCAGUAGGUAACAGGGAAGGGAAGAUUUUUGUUUGGGAAUUGCAGGCAACUCCUCCUGUACUUAAUGCAAGGUUGAUACAUCCUCAAUCAAAAUCUCCAAUCAGGCAGACUGCUACAUCCUUUGAUGGAAACACUAUUCUGAGUUGCUGUGAGGAUGGGACAAUAUGGCGCUGGGAUUUAGUUACAAGCUCCUAAAUCUAACUUACCUCCGUGCAAUACCAAUCUGAUGUCGUGUCAAACAAGAGGGCAUUUUUGGUUUAUCACUUUAUAAUCAGUCAUGUACACUACAUCAGGAACCUGGUUUAUUGCAUGUUUUUGGAUUUUGGUUAUGUAACUUAUGAUGAAAAAGGGUAAACUGAGAACCUGUAGUUAUCGGUUAUGUAAAAAAAAAUAAUAAGAGAAAAGCCAUUCCAUGCUUGUGUUGCAUGUGAGGAUGAAAGGGCUAAAGAGCUGCUUCGUCCAAAAACUGGAUCAAAUCAGCAAUUUAAACAAUUUAGAGAACUGAGAAUCCGCAUAAUUCAGGUUCAGUAUUGUUUUU